AGUUCUACGUGGACCUGGGGCUGCUCGGCGACAGCAUCCGCAUGUGGGCGGCGAUAGAGCCGAACAUAAUCUUUUUCGUCUUCCUGCCCGCGCUUCUCUUUGAGAGCGCCUUCGCCUUCGAGCUGCACCAGAUCAAGGUGCGCCCCCCAUGCUGCACCAGAUCAAGGUGCGCCCUCCCUGCUCUGCUGCCUUGCUCGCUCUGCUGCCUCUGCGCCAUGUGCUCGUCGUCCUUUUCUCCUUCCCCGCCCUCCGGAUUCUCCCCUGCUAUUCCCGCGCGUCCGCCCGUUCCCCCCUGGCAGAGGUGCAUGGUGCAGAUCUUCCUGCUGGCAGUGCCGGGUGUCGUCAUCACCACCGGCUUCCUCGGUGUCAUCUGCAAGUGCGUGCUGCCGUACGGGUGGUCGUGGAGCACGGCCAUGCUGCUGGGCAGUGUGUUGAGCACCACGGAUCCCGUCGCCGUGGUGGCGCUGCUCAAGGAGCUGGGUGCUUCCAAGAAGCUGCGCACCAUCAUUGACGGCGAGGCGCUCAUGAAUGAUGGGGCGGCGAUCGCCAUAUUCCAGCUCUUCCUGCAGCUCGUGCUGGGCUACUCCUUCUCCCCGGGGGACAUCGUUGCCUUCAUGUGCCGCGUCUUCUUCGGCGGCAUAGCGCUGGGGAUGGCGUUUGGGGUGGUGAGUCUGCUGUGGCUGCGCACCGUGUUCAACGACUACAUCAUCGAAAUCACCAUCACCAUCUGCGGCUCCUACAUGGCCUUCUUUGUCGCGAACGCAGUGACCAACAUGUCUGGAGUCAUGUCCGAUAUGACCCUCGGCAUCAUGUUUGCCAUAUUCGCCAAGACGGCAUUCACAGGGGAGAAUGAGAAGAACAUGCACAGCUUCUGGGAGAUGCUGGCAUACAUCGCCAACACGCUCAUCUUCGUGCUCAGUGGAGUGGUGAUAGCAGAGAGCGUGCUGCACAACGCCAGCCACAUCCAAGGCGUUGACUGGGGCUACAUGCUGGCGCUGUUUGUGUUCGUGCAGCUGUCGCGGGUGGUGGUGGUGGGAGUGUUGUACCCCGGGCUGGCCAGCAGCGGCUACGGGCUCACGUGGAAGGAGGCCAUCAUCCUCGUCUGGUCCGGCCUGCGCGGCGGCAUUGCACUCACACUCGCCCUCGUCGUCAGCGUGCUGACAAUCAUCAAGACGAAGCAGGUGACGCAGGCGAUACUGGCGGAGCUGUACGGGUAUGUGGAGAAUCUCGACCACUCAGGGCUGCUGGACCAGAAGGAGGUCACCCUGCUGCACAACGCCGUCACGGCGGAUAUGAAGAAGCUGCAGCGCAGCCCGCCGUUUGUGGCGAUGCUGCCGGCGGGGGAGGUGCUGGCGAGGCAGCCGCUCAUCGGAGCGCUACCGGCGGACAUCCGCCUGGCGCUGCUGCAGCCGCUCAAAGAGGCCACCAAACUCUCCGGUGCCUCGCUCUUCCACGAAGGGCAGCCCGCCCAGGGCGUCUGGCUCAUCGCCUCCGGUACUGCCAAGUGGACGUCCAAGGCGGCGGAGGCGGAGGCAGAGGCGCACGGGCAGCACCUGAUCCCGCCGCUGUUUGCACACGGCAGCUCCGUGGGGCUGUACGAGACGCUGAGCGGGUGCGCGCACCAGUACUCGGUGACGGCUGACAGCGUGCUGCACUGCUUCUUCAUCGAUAGACAGCGCAUCAUGGCCGCCAAGAGCAGCAGCGACGCCAUUGAAGACUUUCUCUGGAAGGAGAGUUGUUUGGAGGUGGCGCGGGUGGUGCGCCCCAUGGAGUUCGGGCUGCUGUCCAUGCACGACCUGCGCGUGCUCUUCUCCCAGUCCGCGCGCCUCCUCACCCUCGCCCCACACUCCCCCGUGCACCUCGCGCCCUCUGAGGUCGCGCUGCUGCUGCUGGGCGCCGUGCGCCUGCCGGGGGACGGCAGCGAGGGGCACGAGGGCGAUGAGGGCAACGAGGGGGAGGACGGCGAGCAGCAGGGCGAGGAGGAGGAGGGGGGUGGUGGGGCCGGCAGCCCUCAAGGUGCAGCUGUAGCCGCAGGCAGCCCGCAAAUUGCUCCGUCCUCUUCUCCGCAACUUGGCGCGUCACUCUCUCCGCCCGCACCCACGGCAGCGGGCGGGGUGGCAGCGGAGGGUGUAGCCCCACCCAGCAGCGGCGAGGAGGGCAGCAUGAACGGCAGCACGAGCGCCAGCAGCUUUGACGACCGCACGUCCGCGUCCAUGGCCCUCUCUGCCACCACCUCUGAUGGGGCAGAUGGCAGGGGCGACACAGCGUGGGGGGGUAAGGACGCGGAGGGGCAGGCGGUGCGCAAGGUGAGGAGCGAGGGCGUGGAGCAGGGCGGGGCAGGGGGGGGGAGCAGCAGCAGGGGCAGCAGUGGGGGGUUCCUGCGCGCGCGCAGUGAGGCGCUGCGCAGCGGGCUGCGGAGCCUGUCCAAGGGCCGGCAGCGGCUGGUGCGCGCCAUUAGCUCCAAGGACAGAGAUGGGGACAAGGCGGGCACGUGGCAGAGCGGCAGAGAGGGCACGGGCAGCCGAGAGGAGAUGGAGCUGGGGGUGAUCGUGGAGGACGGGCGCAUCGUGAGCAUCCAUGCCCCCGCUUACCUCACCCCGCAGCCCAGCCCAGGGGGGUUGGGCGAGGCGUCGUAUGUGACGGUGACGACGUGCAAGCUGAUGGUGGUUGACAUGCCUCACACACAGCACUCCCUGCAAGGCACCCCCACACGCGCCUUCCACGGGCACCGCAGUGCACCCGCGCACGACGCGGCGACGCUGCUGCGGUGGCAGAUGGAGGGGGGCGCGGAAGGCGACGACGAUGAUGACGGGUUCAUCACGGCUCGCCUCAGGGGGCGGGCGGGCGCUGAUGCGCGUGCUCAUGGCGCUGGGGGAGCUGCAGGGGGGCACCCGGGGAGCAGGCUGGGCGGGGUGCUGGGCAGCAUGAUGGGGGGUGGAGGGGCUGUGGCGGCUGGCGAGGUUGGUGACGUGGAGGACAGUGAAAUGACGAUGCCACGUGGCAGUGAGCUGGCUGCCAUGCUGGCGGACCGUGUGGCGGUGGAUCGGCAGCUGAUGGAGCGAGCCAUGCAGCUCAGUGUGUUCGGCAACAAGAUGCAGACGAGGCCCAGGCGGCCGUCAGAGGCCCAUGCAGGACACCCUCCAGGCACCACUGCUGCUGCCACCGCCCGCACACCCGUGCGCAGCAGCAGCACAGAGGCAGCAACACCAUCAGCAGCAGCAGCAGCAGCAGCAGCAGCAGCAGCAGCAAGUGCCACCCCACCCUCCACAUCAUCACGACAGCCGCAGGAGUCAUCGCUCGCAGCGCUCGUGGCCUCACUCUCUGCUGCAGCUGCUGCUGCCCCCUCCAACCCCUCCGCCCCUCCAUCCCGCCCCAUACCCGCCUCUGCCCCCUCCUCUGCCUCCGCCAUCCCCCUUGACGCUUCCCCCCUCCUGCCCCAAAACCACAGCGCCUCUGCCAUUCCCCUUGAGGGAGGGCAAGCAGAGGAGGCGCACCCACUUGUGGAGCCGGGGAGUGGGGUGGACUGGGGGAGAAGCGAGUGA